AUGUCCGUCCACGCCAAUGGAAAGACUCCUACCCAGGCCUUUACGCUGCUUGACCCGCUCAUCCCGCGCUUCACGCCCGGCUGCAGUCGUGUGAAAAUCGGCUCGUCGACGACCCGGUUCGAUGAAGGUGGCGCCCAGAUCGAAGGCUUUGCGCGUCCCCUCUGGGCCCUGGGUUCCUUGCUGGGUGGAGGCUACGACUAUGCAGAGGCGGCUCGUUGGCGCGAGGGCUUUAUCAGCGGGACUGAUCCCAACAGUCCGGAGUACUGGGGCGACAUUGAGGAUAUGGACUAG